GCGCGACGGGGGUUGUAGUCCCGGCGUCCGUUCAAACCUGGCAGUGGCGCCGGGCGGGGAGACUACGACUCCCGUCGGGCGUCGCGGCGGCGGUUUUGGUGACUCCGCCCCUCCCGAGGCCGCGCCCACCUCCACAAACCUUUCCUUCAUCCAACGGCCGGGAGAGGAAGAUGGCGGAGCUGAGGAGGUGGCGGUGCUGGUUGCUGUUGUGAGAGGAGUGGCAGGAGAGUGGAAAAAGAGAGACUGGAGGGAGACGGAGAAGGACGCUAGAGGAAGAGACAAGAGCACAACCACUUUCCUCUUCCUCCAAACCCCUUGGCAGGGAGGGGUAGUGGGUCACUAUUCAAGAUGGCCGCCCCUCCCCUUCUCCAUUGACUUGCUCCCCCAUUCUAAAGGAAGAGGGUUUAUGCCUCAUUACUCUUCCCCAAGACCCCAUUUUGGCCUGGUUGACUGAACAAACCCUGGUAAUCUUCAGGAAGCCAGGACCCAGCUUUCAGGACUCUUUGAAGACCCUUCCCAGCAAUCCCAUCCCUCGCAUCCCACUGACGAGACGAUAAGGGAUCCCCCAUUGUAUCCCCCACCCCACGCACCACUUCAGUUUGAUUGACCGCUCAGGUCUGGGGCGGGAGUUGGGGUUGUCGAGAUAGACGAGCCAAGUUCCCGCUCCCAGGUCAGGCAACAGAACACCACCACACCCCCCCCCCCCGCCCAAAAACUUAAGUGUUCGCUCUGGCAAGGAAAGCAGCCACCCGUUGGGGUUUUGUGGCUGUGCAUUUCUCCUCGAUUAGUCUCCGAAGGUGGCAAUCUGGUUGCUUGCAUAAGCACCGACGAGAAAAGCAGCGGCCAGCUCCCAGCAAUAAGUGAGUGUCUGUUUGGUGCUGUCUUCCCUGUUGACCAGUAUCUUGGUUGAACAGCCAAGCGAGGGCUGGUUUGUAGGCCGACCUGCGAUCCAGUUUUCCCCUGGAUUUUCACGUUCAAUAAAUUGCCUGCCUCAGCUCACCGCUGUUCGAGGUUAUCCUGUCAGCCAAAGACCGCCUCAAUUGUUUGCCUGGAGUCUUCCUGUGCGAGCCCUUCUGCCGUGUUUUAGCUUGUCAGACGAACUGAACUGAACCCGGGUUGAUUGGAGCACUCCAGUAGCUUGCUGUUUCGAUUGCUGCAGGAGUGUUUUUGUUUAAGCGUUCAACUGCGGCGAGUUUGCUGGGCAGAGAGCAGGCGGAUGCAAGAUGAGAAGCAGCCAAGAAGGGACCAGUUGUGAGCUGGCUGUUGUCCACAGUGAAUAGCAACACCGACCACUCCCCUUCCUCUCUCUCUUUCUCUAUCACAGCUUGCCAACUCCCCUACUUGCUGCAUUCCGGAGUGGGGAAAGGUGAUAAUCGGUAUCGUGAGCUGGGAAUCCCAGAUCUCCUGUGUUUGGUUGCUCUACAAACUCCUCACCCCACCACCCAGGUGGGAUGUCAGACACCAAGCGUAGCGGCCAGCAAUGGCCAGAGGAGCAGGUGAACCGCGAGCAUGGGCUGUACUCCUUGCAUCGGAUGUUCCAAAUUGUGGGUGCACAGCUCACCCAUCGUGACGUGCGGGUACUGUCCUUCCUUUUCGUCGACGUCAUCGAGGACUACGAGCGCGGCAUGAUCCGGAGCGGACGUGACUUCUUCCUGGCGCUGGAGCGCCAAGGGCGCUGUGACGAGACAAACUUCCGGCAGGUGCUGCAGCUCCUACGCAUCAUCACGCGGCACGACCUGCUGCCCUACGUCACGCUGAAGCGCAGGAAGACGGUUUCUCCAGAUCCGGUGGACAAAUACCUCGAGGACACGUCAGUAACCUACGUGAUGCCACGCACAUUGGCAUCAACUGGAGCUGCAGAAUGUGGCAAAUCAGAUUCCCCUCACCGCUUGGUGUGUUGUGCACCGGGAGCUGGGCAUCCCCUUCGCCAGAGAGUCUACCGAGGGCGAGCGCCAGCACACAGUCGCGGCAAGAGAAAGAAAUCUGCCAUUGUCGAGCCGAAUGAGAAGCAGACGUGCGAUAUCCGCCUGAGGGUCCGUGCCGAGUAUUGCCAACACGAGACAGCGCUGGAAGGGAAUGUCUUCUCCAACAGGCCGGAUCCCCUGGAGCGCCAGUUUGAACGUUUCUCGCAGGCCAACACCAUCCUGAAAUCACGGGACCUGGGCUCCAUCAUCUGCGACAUCAAGUUCUCUGAGCUGACCUACCUCGAUGCCUUCUGGAGGGACUACAUUAAUGGCUCGCUGCUCGAAGCCCUCAAGGGCGUCUUCAUCACUGACUCACUGAAGCAGGCUGUGGGCCACGAGGCCAUCAAGCUCCUGGUUAAUGUGGACGAGGACGAUUACGCGGCUGGUCGCCAGAGGCUACUGCGCAACCUGAUGCACCAGCAUGCCCCCUGAGGGCCACCUGCCCCUUUCUGUGCCCACCUUGAGGACCAUCUGACCCUCACUGCGCCCACCCUACUUCCCCGAGGACCAUCUGACCCUUCCCACACCCAAUCCCUCACCCCCGAAGUCCAUCUGCCCCUCCCUGUGCGCCCUCACCCCCACCCCCCCCCCCCUUCCCGAGGUCCAUCUGCCCCUCUCUGUGCGCCCUCACGCCCACCUCAACCCCCCCCUUCCCGAGGUCCAUCUGCCCCUCUCUGUGC